AUGGAUUCAAAUUUCUUCCUAAAUAUAGCUAAAGACAACAUAAGACUGAACUACUAAAAGGAGCGUGAAAGAGACAUAGUCUUUAUAUGCUAUGCGGGAUUGUUUAUUAGGUAUGUGACAGUGAUUGGAUCAGUUGCUUCUGCAAUAAUGAAUUAGAGAUAAUAUAGUGGUUUUCAAUGGGUUAUAAAAAUUGUGCCAACUGUCUGGCAAACUAUCUGUAUUACUGCUGCUUGGAAAUGGCCAAAUUACUUUGCUAAAUAUCAAGUUCCAUUUAUUGUUCCAUCAUAGUGCUUGUCGUUAUUCAAUAUUACUUAAGAAUCUACUUUACCGUAGGUUGCAGGAAAUUUAACAGCUCAUCUCAUAUUUAUGAUUAUCGCAUUUUUGAUGAACUAUAAUUGGAUGGUGUCUGGCAUUACAAUGACUAUCUCAACAUUUUUCACUCUAGUCUAUUAUGGAGUAGUGUUGAAGUUUAAAGAUGUUUAGUCUAUUAGUAUUGUUAUCUCAGUCGUCAUAAUUCAAACAUACGCAUGCUAUUAUUAUGAAAAGCGUCUUAAGCUUUCUUUCAUUAGAUUGCAAGAGAUAUAAACAAUGAAUGAUGAACUUAAAUAAUUAUUUGAUAAUCUCCCAGAAGGUAUAGUCUUAUUUAAUUAAGAUGAUAAAAAUAUCUCUAUAGCAAAUCAAGAAUUUCUUAGACUAUUUGGGUCUAAUUCUCUGCAAGUACAAAAAUCUUAAGAGGGAUCAUCCUUGGACUAAAAAUAUAUAAUUUCAGAUGACUGCCUCAAUAAAUAGAUACUCUUUGAGUGUGAAUUAGAAAAAGAUGGAAAUAGUGAUGCAAUAUAAGAUUAAUAUACAUAAAUUAAAAAAGACCCUCUCUGUAUUUUACAGACAAUUGAUGAAAAAUUUAGAAACAGAUGCUUUAACAUAUUGAAAGCAUAUGAUGAGUUAUCCUCUCCAACAUGUGAUAAUUUGAUGGCAGCAAAUAGUGAUCUAUAUUCAUUUCGGGAAGAGAUCGUUAAUUUUUAGCAUACAACUAUCCAUUUUAAAGGCAAACAAAAUAAGUUGAUCAUUGUAAAAAAUCUCACACCAAUAAUGAGGUACGAAAGCUUGAAAGUUGAAAAUCACUUUUACGAGAUGUUGACAGCCACAGUUUCACAUGAUAUGCGAACCCCGUUGAAUGCAAUGAUAGGAUUAAUUGAUAAUCUCUAACUUUUUGUCUAAGAUGAAGAAGGUCUUAAAUACCUCAAUAUUAUCAGGAAUUCUGCUAAGUUCAUGAGCUUUUUGGUGAACGAUCUCUUAGAUUUCUUUUAGAUAAGGAAUGGCAAAUUCAAUAAAAAUUUAGAUUGGGUAGACAUUGAUAAAAGUAUAAGAGACGUUAUUGACCUCUUUAAAGUAGGAGCAGAAGAAAAAGGCAUUUUAGUAGUGUAUGAGAGCCCUUUGCACUUGCCAAAUUUACUUUACACUGAUGAGUCAAGAGUUAAGUAAAUUUUACUAAAUUUACUCCAAAAUUCCCUAAAAUUCACAUUUUAGGGCAAAAUUAAAGUCAGAUUAGACUACUUUUAUGAAAACAAAUAAAUAAUGGUUACUGUCUCUGACACUGGGAUAGGAAUACAGAAGGAAGAUAGGAAAAAGCUGUUUACUUUGUUUGGAAAAUUGGAGUAAUCUGCUAAAAUAAACACUUUUGGAAUAGGAUUAGGAUUAAGUAUAUGUAAGAAUAUAAUUGAAUUAUUUGACGAAGGAGAUAUUGGAUUUGAUCCUACUUACGAAAAAGGUUCCAGAUUUUUUUUCAAAUUAAAGGCUAUCUAUCAAAUAGAUAAUGAAGAUGCUAGCUCUGAAAGGAUUCUUUUAUAAAAUGAGUAAUCGAGGUAAUUAUCAAAUUAUAUUGCUCAUUCAAACAAUAUUAGAAUUAGCAUUGCCCCCUAACCCCCUGGUCCAUAUAAUUUUUUUAGUAGCAGAUUAAGCGACUAAUUUAAUUAAAAUCAUGACUGUAGCUUCAAAGAAGAUAACUUAAAAAACAUGUUUUGA